AGAUCUACAUAUAACCCGCUUACAGUCGAAAAUGCAACUGGCUGCAGUGGUGUGCAAUCACUGCAACCUGCUGUCAAGUUCAAGAGUGGCCACGCGGCCCGAAGACAGGCAGAAUAGCCGCAGCCCUCGCCUCGAGCGCACGCGAAAAACGUUCCCAACGAACGCCGGAGUUUUAAAUACACGAGUGUUUUCGAAUUUCGAAUAAGUGCUUUUGAUUUUUUUUCAACUCAGCCAGCUAGUUCGCCGACCGGUCAGCCAUGCGGAACCUCUUAAGGGUAUCGGCAUUCCUGCUACUAGUGGCGGCGACAUGCUGCGUCCCCGCCCCGGCCUUCCGGCGCGACAACAGCCUUACUGUCGACGACAAGAAGGAACAGACCACACACGAGCUGCUUAGCUCUUUAGGCCUCAAGAAACUCAUGGUGCCCGCCGCUCACCACAGGAAACGAGUCGCCGAACAAGGCAGGCGGCAUGCCACCGGAGACUCCAGGAUGUUCGUCAUCAAACUACCACCGAAUACCAGCUACUACACCCACGCUGACCCUGCUCCAGCCGCAGCCAGAACCCUACCCCUACAAAUGACUGGCAACGGCAAACCAGCUCGAGUAUACCAUUGGAACCUCCCUGUCCUCCAAAAACUAGCAAAAGACAGACCACAGGCACGAUUCGACGACGACGUCGUCGACGUCGAAAGCACGCCGACGUGGCCCAAAGGCAUGAACAACCAUCCGAACUCAUUAGACUCUUUAGCGUACUACGUUCCCGACAAGAAAACCUCGUUCAGAAAAUACUUCUCAGGAAACGGGAAGCCCAAAUCUUUCUAUGUCCUAAAGAAAAACAAGAAUUCGGCGCAGUAUCAUAGACUACUGCCAUAAUUCGUCGGUUAAUCUAUUUUAUUUUUAAUAGGCGAGCUAAAAACGGAUGAAACUGAACGCGUUUACAAUGUAGACGUUUACCAGUGUCAUGGGUUUUAAAAAAGAUCUUUUCAUCCAUCAGUGUUAUAAAAUCCUUGAUAAAUGGAUUUUAUAACACUCAAAUUAUACAAAAUGAACAAUUAUUAUAUUUUUAAUUUAGAAAGCAAAAAAGCAUGACUUGUUUUGGAACGUUUCCUUAUGUUCAGCGUGCAAAUAAUUAAGUUGCUAUGUGUUUUAUUUAUUAGUUUAUUACCGUCGUUACAAAUUUAACGUCGGUGCAAUAAAACGUUAUUUGCACUAAUUGUGCCCUACAAAUACAGCCUUUCUCUAAACACGCCUGGUAAUUUAUAUUAACUGUUUUCUAAGUUGCCCAUGGUUGCCCACAAUUAAAUAGCGAUUUGUAACUCGCCGCGCUGGUUGGGAAAACUGUCAUUUACUAGCUUAUCACCCGUUUAGCUCUCAACAGAUCCAAUUAAUUAUACUAGAUCAAUAUUAGCUUCAAAGUUCUGCAUCAACUAGAGAUAAUUGCAUUAUUUAUCGUUGAUUUUAUGGGCAGAUUAGACAGACUUGAAUUACAAUGAGCUUUUAAGCUUUUGUUUUCUUAAUCUUCGCAAUUACACUGAAAAAAUAUGAUUUUCAUUAAGAUUAACUGAUUUAUACAAUAUUAAAAAGUAAAAUACAAAACUAACGUUAACUGUUUGAAAAUUUCUAACUUAUUGAAAAAACGAUAAAAAUAUACGAAUAAUCACUACAUACCUAUUAGCUACUCAAAACAGUAAAAUUUACUAUCUUUUAGGAACAGUAAAAUUUACUGUUUUGUUCAGUAGGCUCAUACUUAUGGAACUGUUUAAAGCAUUAAACGUUAAUGCAAUUUCAAUUGAUUUAAAUGGUUUUUCUCAGUGUAAAAUCAAUAACAUUCUAGCAGCAAUGUAGCAAAAUUUACGAUCAGAAUAAAAUGCAGGUAUCAUUUUCAUAACAGUACGUUCCCAAACAGUGAGCAGGUUACUACUAAUUAAUCUCACAUUUAAUCAAAUAUAGAACUCGUUUCGAAACGUUCCCCUGGCUGCCUAGCCAAGAUGGCAAACGCCAAUCUAACCUUAAAUAACGUACUUAUGGAAAUUGUCGCAUGACUUUUCGUAGUAGGUACGUAUCGUCCCGAUAAAUUUUCUUUUCAUUUGGCGAUGCACGAUUACCAUUUUGGCUAAGCUCCCUUCCGUUACAUUUCAAUAUUCUUUACCUACUUUACACAAACGCAAAGGUAAACCAAUUAAAGUUGAAGCCACUUACGCCAGCUCAUUUAUUGCAGAAGCCUUAAUAAAUAAUCCAGUAUGUUGAUAUAACUUUAAUUGAGUGCAUUAAAUAAACGACUGCGUUGAGUAUCCUUCCUCUGAUCGACACUAAUCGGGCGAAGACCGGGUUUUAUCAAACCAACUGUACUAAGCCCCUUUAUGGAGUUAUAUACUUCUUGCUUUGCUUACCAGCUACUUCACUUCAUUAUAAUUUUAACCUCGUAAGAUCUAUUUUUAAAACAUGUAGAAUAACGGCCCAGUGUCCUACAAAUAUCCCUUAUUUUAUUACAUUUUUUAGGCAAUCGUAGAAGGCCUGACUUCGUUCGAAACACAUGACCUUGUGGUUGUCAAACCCACAAAAAAUUAGGUGUAAUCAGUGCGUGAUAUUCAUUUGCCUAAUUUGGGCUAAUGUUUCUUUGUUUUCGUCAAAUUUCAAUAAAAUUUGGGAUACAGUUCCCUAUUCUAUACAAUAUACCUAAAUUCAAUUUCACCGUAUAUCCUCAAAAACCUCCUCUGAGCUACAAGAGCGUAUGGUAUUUUUGUAACUCAGUUCAAAAUAAAAUACCAAUUUUUUUUUCUGCAUCAGUUGUCAUGAUAUUUAUACCGCUCAGAAUGAGGUGCUUUUCAAACCAGCCAAAUUUUAUCCAAAUCUGACGAAAAAAAAUUCGACAACUAAAUAAAACGCUGCUAUUUAUGUGAAUUCUUGUAUUAGUUAUAUUACGAAUAUGUACUUAUUUCUAGAAACAAUGAUUUAUUAUUAAGAGUGCAAAUGAUUUUUUGUUGUUUUACGUUGCUAUUGUUAUUAAUAAGAACUCGUACCGACUAUAAAAUGUGGACAUGGUUAAGUAUCAUGUAAAACUCAAUGAUAAAAUCAUUGAUGAUUAAUUUAUUAUUCUAGUUACUAACCCAGUGUUACUCUAAUGUAAAUAAAAACAAUCAGGGCCUCAAUUCGACAAGCUGAUUUUAUGUCAUUAUCAUUAAUCUUUACUAGCGAUGUUUUGCCGAAUGGUAUGGUGCAUGUCGAAUAGGUGCCGUGAAAUAUUAAUUAUUGUAAAAUAGUUUUAAGAUAAAUAGGUGCUUAGUUAUGUUAGCAAGGUAAGACUGCUCCACGAAUUUAAAAUAUUUAGGUUAGUGUACCUACCUAUGUAAUAUACCUACAGUACAGGCCUACACUACUAAGGGCCUACGGCCAACGUCGAAAAAUGGUAAAUCAUUAUCUGCCUCUAUAACUUUUGCAUAAAGGCACGGAAUAGGCUAGCGACAUGCUCCGACUGGGGCCGAUUUUUAGGGUUCCGUAGCCAAAUGGCAAAAAACGGAACCCUUAUAGAUUCGUCAUGUCCGUCUGUCUGUCCGAUUAUGUCACCGCCACUUUUUUCCGAAACUAUAAGAGCUAUACUGUUCAAACUUGGUAAGUAGAUGUAUUCUAUGAACCGCAUUAGGAUUUUUACACAAAAAUAGAAAAAAAAAACAAUAAAUUUUGGGGGUUCCCCAUACUUAGAACUGAAACCCAAAAAAUCUUUUUUCAUCAAACCCAUACGUGUGGGGUAUCUAUGGAUAGGUCUUCAAAAAUGAUAUUUAGGUUUCUAAUAUAAUUUUUUUCUAAACUGAAUAGUUUGCGCGAGAGACACUUCCAAAGUGAAAAAAAUUGUGUCCCCCCCCCCCCCUGUAACUUCUAAAAUAACAGAAUGAAAAAUCUAAAAAAAAUAUAUGAUAUACAUUACCAUGCAAACUUCCACCGAAAUUUGGUUUGAACGAGAUCUAGUAAGUAGUUUUUUUAAUACGUCAUAAAUGGUACGGAACCCUUCAUGGGCGAGUCCGACUCGCACUUGGCCGCUUUUGAAUUUUGAGCAUUCCAUUUCGUCACUCGAAAAUCUGUGGAAAACGGCGAAUAUUUUUGAAAUCACUUUGAAAUACUGGUUUACUCGUCCAAGUUGAAAUACGAACAAUAGAAAUUAGGAAUCUAGUGGUAUUGACGACUUCUUUUCAAUUAUAUUAGUAGAAUUUAAAUGCCUAUAUUAGUAGUCGAAAUAUAGACCAGGUAUUAAAGGCCGCCACACAAAAUUGAGCCCUUGAAAUUUAAAAAUCGGCAUUGAAUUUUGUCCACAAUAUUCUAAGAAGAACGGAGAACGUAUACUGAAGUUCACUAAAUUUUAUUGUACCAGAAAUUUCAUCGUCUUCCCCUGAGAGACUUUAAUCAUGCUAUUUUUAUGCACAUAAUAAAGCAGUCAUGUAACGAAUUAAAGAAUGGUAAACGUUUCUUCCUAGAUUAUGCAUUUAUUAUUUAUGUAAGUAAAAGACUCGAAAAUCAUUAAUAAUGGUUAACCCAAGCUUACUAUUCGUACAUCGAAGUAUGUAGUAGGUAUUUAUAAAUAUUAAGGUACUAUAUAUUAGUAGCUUACGCUUUAAAUUAUUUAUUAAGUAAUAAGGCAAUAAUAUAAGUCGUUAUAAUUUAAUAAGAUUUUUAUGUACAACAUUCUUUUCUACGGCUAAUAAAAUAUUUUAUUGAA